UGAAAUGGCCGACGAAUAGGGGGAGUGUCUACUUGAGACAAUUUUAUAUUUCGUAUCUAUAAAAGAUAUUGUAUCUUUACAUUCCUGGUUUAUAAGACUGAUUUUGAAGAAUUUGUCUCACUAUGGCCUGGCGUUUUAAAGCCUCUAAAUAUAAAAAUGCAGCACCAAUUGUGCCAAAGCCAGAAGCUUGUAUUCGAGAUAUCUGUGUAGGAUCUUACCAGACAUAUGGCAAUAAUAUUUGUGCAUCUGCUGCCUUUAUGGCAUUCAAUUGGGAGCAUGUUGGAUCAAGCAUGGCAGUGUUGCCUUUGGACGACUGUGGAAGAAAAAGCAAAACAAUGCCUUUACUUCAUGCACAUUCAGAUACUAUAACGGAUAUGGAAUUUUCACCCUUUCACGAUGGACUUUUGCUAACUGGUUCACAGGAUUCUCUGGUCAAAGUGUGGCAUAUACCACCAGAGGGUCUGAAAGAAUCCCUCUCUACCCCGGAGUGUAGCUUGUCACAUAAGCAACGUCGGGUAGAAAAUGUGGGCUUCCAUCCGGUGGCCGAUGGUCUCAUACAUGUUGCUUCCGGCCACGAGCUGGCCCUGUGGGACUUGACCAAACAGAAGGAAGCAUUUGUGAAUAGAGACCACACUGAAGUAAUCCAAUCUACUUCAUGGAAAAAAGAUGGAAAACUGUUGGCAACAUCAUGCAAGGACAAAAAAGUUCGCAUUAUUGAUCCUCGAGCCAGCUCAUCCGUACUGGGUGUGACUAACAGUCAUCAAAAUAUCAAGGAUAGCCGUUUGGUGUGGCUCGGAGAUAGUGAUCGCAUUCUUACUACUGGAUUUGAUCCUGCGCGUCUUCGCCAAAUAAUGAUCCGUGACAUUCGUAAUCUUUCCCAAACCCAGAAGACUUUGGAACUUGACUGCUCAACUGGUGUAUUGAUGCCACUGUUUGAUGCUGACACCAAUAUGCUGUUCCUGGCUGGGAAGGGCGAUACAACUAUCCUUUACAUGGAGCUGACUGAUCGGGAGCCUUAUUUAGUAGAAGGAUUGAGACAUUCUGGAGAACAGACAAAGGGUGCAUGCUUGGUGCCAAAACGAGCUCUGCGUGUUAUGGAGGGCGAAGUCAAUCGUGUUCUACAAUUGGCAAGCAGCACUGUUGUCCCUAUUAUGUAUCAAGUACCAAGAAAGAGUUACAGGGAAUACCACGCCGAUCUGUACCCGGACACAAGCGGCGCAGUGACGUACGUCAGCGCUCCCAUGUGGCUCGACAACAUCAAUCACGCCGUGCCCAACAUCUCCCUACAUCCAGACGCCAACAACUGCACACAAAUACAUAGAGGCAGCUUGGAACAAGUGGUGAAAGCAAUAUCUUCCAUGCCUGUACCAAAGAAAACAGAUUCAAAAUCGGCAGUAGCUACGACGACAACCAUAGAAGAACCGACAAAACCUAUACCCAGACCUCAAACUCCGGAGAAAGUAGACGAAGAUAGAAUAGACUUUGUCAAUGUCAAAGAUUUGAUCAAAGGCAUGGAAAGACAAAAGUCGGAUCUGAAAGAGGCGCCGAAAGAGACGAACGGGUUCGACAAAAAAAUUACAGACAAUGGCCACGAGAAAAUUUAUGAUAACGAAAAUAUGGACGAAAAGGUAGAUACGGAACGAUCAGAGAAGAGUCUGGACAAAACUGAAAGCACAGAUUCUUCAGAGUCCCUGUCUCGAAGUAACAGUAUGAUCAACGGUGUCCAAGUACCCAAACCCUUGCCUAGAUCCUCCAUUUCCGAAGCAGGUUCGGCCGAGGAACAUGAGGUGCCUAAACCAAAACCCAGGACUACAUCCGCACCCGUUUCUGGUUAUAAGCCGCGCCUAGGACCCAAGCCGUUUUCGGCGUCAACGGGCAGCGAGGAAUUUUCCUUCGAUAAAGUAUUCUCAGUGCCUGCCGUGCCGGGAAUCGUCAAGUCUGACUCAGCUUCGUCUCCGGUGGCGCCAACGUCGAUGACUCCGGUCACUUCGACGCCGAUCACCAAGGACGACGAGAAGGAGAAGUCUCUGUCACCUACGAGUGACGUUGAAGCUCCGAACAAAGAGGAGUACACAAACGGCAAGUCGGACACGAGUUUGGAGGAAGAUGUGAACUCGUCCGACUCCGGCUAUCGACCCAAGACGCCGAGCACUGCCGAGAGACGCAAGAUGUUUGAGACCACUGACAGUGCUCAGUCCAUAGCGGAACGGCGACGCGCGUACGAGUCGCGCUCGGUCAGCGUGAUCGAUCCCCCCGCGCCGCCGUCGCCCGCUCCGCUCAGGCGAAGAGACUCCUUGAAGUCACGCAAGAGUCCCGAUCGCGAGGACAAACGAUCGUCGGUACCGAUUAUACCCAAUGUAGCCCCCAAGAGAACAUCAACAGUGUUCGGUAAAGUAUCCAAGUUUAGACACUUAAAGGGGACACCUGGUCACAAGUCAACCCACAUUGAAAGUAUUAAAAAUAUAAGCAGACAGAUCUCUGGAGAAUGCAAUGGGUUUUAUGCGAACGGUUACCGCGCUGCGGUGCCCAUAACCGGCGGGAGCGGCGGGCGUAUAGGCGUGGUGGAGUUACCGCGCGGCGCGACGCCGGUGUCGAGCGGCGCGGCGGGCGCGGCCGGACACCCCCCCUCGCUGCUCCACCCCGCCCCCCUCACCGACUGGGCCUUCGACCCCUUCCGAGACGAGCGCCUGCUGGUCGCCUGCGACGAUGGAAUACUGCGCGAGUGGAUCAUACCCGAGGGUGGUUUACAAGAAUCAACCAACGAGCCGUUAAGAACGUUCUCGGCGCAUCCGGACAAGAUCUACGUGAUACGCUUCCACCCGACCGCGUCCGACUUGCUGACGACUGCGGCUCACGAUCUCACUGUGAAACUGUGGGACCUGGCCUGCGACCCGCCCGUUGCUCAUAUCACUCUGACCGGGCACACGGAUCAGAUCUUCGCGUUGGACUGGUCGCCAUGCGGAAAUUAUUUAGCAACUAUUUGCAAGGACGGACUUAUAAGGAUAUACGAGCCGCGCAAAUCAUGCGAACCGUUGCGCAGCGGUGCAGGGCCGGUGGGCAGCCGCGGCGCGCGCAUCGUGUGGGCGCUCGGUGAUACACAUCUAGUCGUCACCGGAUUUGACAGGGUGUCGGAGCGUCAGAUAGUGCUGUACAAGGCGUCGGAUCUGUCCGUGCCGGUGUGCACGGUCGGCCUGGACGUGUCGCCCGCAAUCCUGCAGAUACACAUCGAUCAUGAUUCCGGCACUCUCUUCCUCACUGGACGAGGUGACUCAACGAUCUACUGCUACGAGGUGACGUGCGACCCGCCGCACCUGUGCGCGCUGUCCCACCACCGCUGCACCUCCCUGCAUCAGGGCAUCGCCUUCCUAUCCAAAAAUCUCCUAGCUGUUGAUAAGGUCGAAUUUGCUCGUGCCAUGAGGCUAACGAACGGAAACAUCGAACCCCUGUCAUUCACCGUGCCCAGAAAGAAGAGCGAGCUGUUCCAAGACGACCUGUUCCCGCCGACGCUGGUGACGUGGUCGGCGUGGCAGACCGCGGGGGCGUGGUUCCGCGGCGAGCGCGCCACGCCACGCACGCACUGCCUGCGCCCUCCCGGCAUGGAGUCGCUGUCUGAGGUGACCCAAAAUCAGCCUGCGGCUGUGACUCCGCGCGAGAAGCCGCAGCAGAAACCCAAACCUGAUCUCAUCAAAUCGCACAUUCCACAAGAUCCCAAAGACAAACAGGAUAGUAUACUGAAAGCCAUGAGUGCCAAAGUGACGAUGAACUUGAAAUUGGAACAAGACAACAUGGAGGGCGUCGACGAGUCGGAGUGGGACCAGUGAGUCGUCGUGACUCAUGAGUGUGAGUCGUGAGUCACUAUGAGUAGAUCUCUAACAGUUUGUAUGAACCGGAGUGAUUGUACGGUUGCAGUCGCUUGUUGCAUUCAUGGAGAAGACGGAUCAGUCUUAACAGUUGUUCUCGGUAGAAUAAUAUUAAAGGAAAAAAGAUUCAGAAAUAUUGUGUGUAGUCCAUACGCGUAAGUCGCACGUUUAAUAUAAAAUUACUCUGAUUUUCAAUAUCAUCAAUGCAACAAGUUUGACUGUAUCCAAAGUUUCGCUUUGUUAAAAAAGUUUUAGAUAGCGCGUCUACGUAAUGUUUUUGUAAAUUUUAAUCUUAUUUGUAUUUCCGCUUACGGUACGUAUACUUUGUAAUGGAUAACGUAUUCCAUAAAAAUAUUCGAACUUACUAUAAACGACAAGAAGAUCUUAUAUAAUAUCUUCGAAAUAUAAUAUAUUACAUUUUAAAAAUAAGCACAUAAUUUCCAUACAGAUUCCACAGAAAAUCCAAAACGCCCCCAAUUAAAGCCAAAAGAAAAAAACGCUUUCCCGCCAUUAAGCAAAUUUUGUAUUUUUUAAGUAUCUUUACAAAUCUUUUUAUGAUAAUAAUAUUUUUGACCCUAUACCCUUAUUCCUUUGCAAAAGGACCUUCCAAGCAAUCCUCAAACCGUCCCAAUAUACAAUAACACAACUCCAUUCUAUCAACACAGUCUUGAUACUCGUCUUAAAACUAAAGUGUUAAUAUAAGUUUGUCUCCUCUAGAGAGGAUAAAUAACGUUAUCAACUUAGGCAUUAUUAAGAGCCAGUACUACCUAAUUAUAUAAGUUUCAUAAUAAUUUAUUAAGUAGGCGAAUUCUUAUUGACAUUAUUUUUACAUAAGUAAGCAUGUAAAGCAACGGUUUUCUAAGUAAUAACCAACAAAGAACAUCAAGCAUAAGUUGAAAAUUCUUCUGAAUAUAAAUCAAUAAGAAUACGUCCAAUAUCUUUUAUACGCACAAUAAAUAAUUUAUUUAUAGGCUUCCGUUUGUGAUGUGCUGUGAAAUGACCAAACAUGACAAUUUAAUGCUCACUAAUGCUCAUUUCAAUUUGUACCCUUUGUUGUACUCAAAAUAUUAUGAACUUGUAAGGGAAGUUAAUACUUAAGUACGUAACAUUUUUAAUAUUUACGAUUGUAAAACGUGUUAAAUUGCCCGCGUCCUUUUUGUUCAUUUGAGCAUUCUUACUGAAAUUUUGUCUUGGAAAUAAGAUUGUGCAUUCACAAUCUUAUGAGUAAU